AUGACUACAUCAACAGCGACAACAAGAGCAAAUUUGUUAUCUGUUCCUGAAACAUUUUCAGACGGUGAUUUUGGACUGUGGUUACGAAAGUUCGAGCUGUGUUCGACGGCAAAUGGUUGGAAAGAGGAUGAAAUGUUGAAGCGUUUACCGACGCUAUUAUCGGGCAAAGCGUUUGUAGUGUUCGAGCGGCUUGGAGACGACAAGAAGGAAGAUUUCAAAGUCCUUAUAGCAGCGAUAAAGGAAGCGUUCGGCGGCGAUGAAACAAGCAAACAUAUUGCUAUGAUGGAGUUUUGUCGACGUGCGCGCAAGCCUGGAGAGGACAUUCAAGUUUUCGCGUAUGGGUUGGAAACAUUGCUCAGCCGAGCGAUCCCUAAUAUCGGGAAUGACGAGAGAGAUACGCUUUUAAAACAACAAUUUAUUGAAGGAUCGUCUCCUGCGCUAAAACGGGAGCUAUUGCAAAGACCGAGCCUGAAAUACGAGGAGACCGUCAAGAUUGCACAACAAUUAGAUUUGACACCCGAGCUGUCAAGUCUAAAUACUGAUCAUGAUGUGAACCUGACGAGAGUUCAGAGAGAGAACGUAUCUAGCAGCGAGUCAACAGUG